AUGACCUCCAAGGGCGACUCUAAAUGUCCAGCCGUUCUUGAAGGCAGUAUACGCAAUCCGCUGGAUCAGCUUCAGCCACCGGUCAACACCAACAAACCCCUGACGCCUUUCAGCAUAGAUGACAUUCUCAACAAACCGUCUGUGAAAAGGAGCUACUCUCUCAGCGGAACAACGCAGCUAAUUUCUCCCGGAGAGAAGUUGCCCUCGGCUUGUCACAGCGUGUCCGGGCGGGUAUUGCUCAGUCAAACCUCCCCGCUCUGCGCGCUGGAGGAGUUGGCCAGCAAAACCUUUAAAGGCCUGGAGGUCAGCGUCCUGCAGGCUGCUGAAGGCAGAGACGGGCUAACGCUGUUCGGUCAGAGAAACACCCCUAAAAAGCGAAGGAAAUCCCGCACGGCCUUUACCAACCAUCAAAUAUAUGAGCUGGAGAAACGUUUUCUGUACCAGAAGUACUUGAGCCCAGCGGACCGGGACCAGAUGGCUCAGCAGCUUGGUCUGACCAACGCACAGGUCAUCACAUGGUUCCAGAACCGCCGGGCUAAGCUUAAGCGGGACUUGGAGGAGAUGAAAGCGGACGUGGAGUCCGCCAAGGCCGCCGGCGCUGUGGCCUUUGAAAAGCUCUCCAAGCUGGCUGAGCUGGAGAAGUCCGCGGCGGGAGGUAUGGUUGAGGGGACGACUUCUGUGCCAGGCCAAACCGAGCAGCACCAGGUCUCCUCCAGAUUCCACAACACCGACACCCUAAACUCGCUGCAUUUAUUACCUCCAUCACCUGCAUCGACCGGUGACCAUCGACUGACCACCAAGUGUUGCUUGGAUGAUGAAGAUGAGAUUGACGUGGGUGACUAAAUGGCACAGAGACAGUCGCGUGUUGCCCAAUAACGCGAUAGUAACAGACAGCCUUUAGAGAAUUUACAUAGCGGUGCGAUUCAAACAUAGACGUCUCCGCUGUGAUUUGCCAAAAGCCUUGCUGAACAGGCCCAGGCUCUGAAAACGCGUGGACUGUUCAGAUUCAAACACUGAUACUUAAACCUAACACACUGCUGUCGAUUGGCCGCUCUGAUUUCAAUCAGAAAGAUUUCACCGCACAUUUAAUGCAGCCUACUUUGUGCCAUAAAGUGGUUCAAAUGCUUCUGUGAAUCAGUUUGUAAGCUUGAGAAGAAUGUUUUUAGACUUUUGAUAUAUAUCAGCCCUCAAACGAUAACCGCACAGAACAAGUGCGGUCGCUUGUAUUAAACACGGUUUAAUAUAUUGAUGUUUUGUAACCC